AUGGAAUUUCAGUUUGAAACGUUCACCAGUUUGAGACUUAGUAAUAUAAACCCACGAGUACCAGAUGAAGAAGUGAGGGAGACUGUGUACCAUUGUUUCAAAAAGUUUGGGGAAUUCAACAUUAAAUUCGCUCACACAGUAGAUAGAAGACUAGUCUACGUCAACUUUGCCCACACAGAAGAUGCACAGGCAGCUAAAAAUGCAAUGUCAGGUAGAUUAGAACUUUUUGAUCGACUGAUUUGCAUAGAACCCGUCAACCACAACAAGCAAUGGAAUAAGCCUCCAUUCUUCAGGAACGACAUGUUCAACAUCAACUACGUCCCUCCCCCUAAGAUUCCCAUGGAUCCACUUGCCGUCCCUCCUAUUGAGGGACCAUCAGUGGGUGCCUGGGAGUUUCAGAGAAGAGAUGCAAGGUUCCCCGAUGCCUACUUCCCUCUUAAACCCGGGGAAGAUCAGAGACAGUUGAUCGACAUGAAGCAUAUUACUCCAGAGGAAGAUAAGAGAGCAACUAGAACAUUAUUUGUUGCUAACGUUGAUGACCAGAUGGCGCCUGAAACUUUGAAGAAAUUUUUUGAUCCAUUUGGUAUUGUGGAGGACAUCGACAUUAAAUGCCCCGUAAAAGGAAAUGGUAAUCCAUACGCAUUCAUUAGAUUCUUCAAUUUAGACAUGGCAUAUGCUGCCAAGGUAGAAUUAUCUGGUCAGUUUCUCGGAAAGUAUCAAUGCAAAAUCGGGUAUGCUCGUCCUGUUCCUACAACGUGCGUGUGGAUUGGCGGUCUGACGGAAAAUGUUAAAAAGCAAGACAUCAUCAUCCAGUUUGAAAGAUUUGGAAAAAUUGUAGCAUUUCAAUGGCCUAAAGAUCAGUCUUAUGCUUAUGUGGCUUAUGACAAUGUAGAGUCUGCUCAACUAGCUAUCAUGGAACUACGAGGCUUUCCAGUUCCCGGCACUCUUAAGGGUUUAAAAACCGAUUUUGCUGAAUUGAAACAGAUGGAAGGUCCUCAACCGAAAGAAAAAAGAUCCAAGAAGAAGCACAAACAUAAAAAGUCAAGAAGUAGAAGUGCCAGUAGUAAUGAUGAAAAACGUAGUAGGAAAACAAAACACAAACGCAGGAAGAAGGUUUCCAGACGUAGUGAAAGUGAAGAUAGUUACAGUUCUGAUGAGAAGUCAAAACCGAGUCGUAAGAAGAAGAAGAGAUCUGUCUCCACGUCAUCAUCAUCAUCAGAAAGUGCAUCAUCAUCGAGUGAACCUCGAAACAAAAUGUCUUCAGAUAAAAAAAGAUCAGCUUUUCAGAUUGGUAACAUUGAAGCAGCAGAAACAAUCAUUGAUCUUGCUCGAUGUUUGCCAGUUCUUUGGAGUGGUCCAAUCGAACUGAAGAACAGUACAUUCUACACACACAUGCAUCACGUCAGUGGCAAUGGACAUUUAGUUGACAGCCUCCUAAAUGGAUUGAUCACAUCAGAACAUUCAGCACUCAAAAUCAACCAAAGGUUGAGGUUAGAUAGAUCAAAAUUGAAAGAAGUUGAACGACGCAUCAACACAAGUGGUGACGAUGGUCACUGCGUUUUGUUAGCUGUCUCAGAGAACAGCAAGGAUGCCAGCAAACAUCGACCUCUCACUAAUUUAGUCUCAUAUUUGAAGCAGAAAAAUGCAGCUGGGGUACUAUCUCUACCUUCACUAACCAAACAAGGGCAAGAAGCUGGCCUACUCCACACCUUUCCUCCAUGCGAAUUUGCGCAUGGAUUUUUGCAGAGAUGUGCUCCUAAACUAACUUCAUUGUACAAUGGUAAUGAUUACAUUGUUGUCAUACUCAUCAAAGUUAGCUUGUAG